AUGAAGACCUGGAACCUAUUUACUAUAUUCCUUCUUGCCAUUCCCGUUUGUAAUCCUUUCGCCGGAAGUCCCAUUUAUAAUACUGUCUGCGUACUCACUGGCGGCCGGCUCAAAUGCUAUGUUGACAACACUUGGGGCUUCAAUCAUAAGACUAAAGAAUGUUAUGAAAUCCGCAGGGGCAAAGAACCGUGCGGAUUCUUUGAUGGAAAAAAGGGCUGUGAGGAUUUUUGCCACAGACCUCCGGGAACACAGAAGAAAGGUUGAUUUUGUACCCCACUAAUUUUUCCCAACUUGUACUAAAAAUCCAACUAUGUAUACUGUGAUUCUGUUUUUCUGGAAAAAUAUAAAAGUUUUCCAUAGCUGA